AGCGGGACCCGUGGUAUGGCUGAUCUCAAUCCUUAUUUAAGCCCAAAAAUGAUUGAAAUCAGCUCAGAUGAACAAACCAGUAACGGCAGCGCUGAUGGUCGCUUCUCUCUGCAGGCGAUCGAGGGCACCUACAUCGACAAGAAGUGCCCCUUCACCGGCAACGUCUCCAUCCGUGGCCGCAUCCUCUCGGGUGUGGUCACCAAGAUGAAGAUGCAGCGCACCAUCGUCAUCCGCCGGGACUACCUGCACUACAUCCGCAAGUACAACCGCUUCGAGAAGCGCCACAAGAACAUGUCGGUGCAUCUCUCCCCCUGCUUCAGGGACGUGCAGAUCGGGGACAUCGUCACCGUGGGCGAGUGCCGUCCCCUCAGCAAGACUGUCCGCUUCAACGUCCUCAAAGUCACCAAGGCCGCGGGCACCAAGAAGCAGUUCCAGAAAUUUUAAAAUAAAAACCCAAAAAACUGGCCCGUGGAGGACACGCGGGACCAAUAAAGCUUUUGUAAAGAGUU